CUUCACUACGAGACGGUGAGAGAGUCGGAGGACUUCUACAGUCUGAAUAAAGACAAGCUGCUGGAGCUGAUUCUGAGUGACGAGCUGGAGAUAGAAGAUGAACAGGUCGUCUUUAACUCGGUGAUGCGGUGGGUUCGGUACGACCUGGAGGGUCGGCGUCACCACUUACCUGAGCUGCUGCGGGGCAUCAGGCUGGCUCUGCUGCCGUCUGAGUGUCUGCUGGAGGCCGUGGCCUGUGAAGAGCUGGUGAUGGCUGACAAGAGGAGCAGGUCCAUAGUAGAGGAGGCCAUGCAGUGUAAGAAGAAGAUCCUUCAGAACGACGGCGUGGUGACCAGUCCCUGUGCUCGACCACGAAAAGCUGGACACACGCUGCUGAUCCUGGGAGGCCAGACCUUCAUGUGUGACAAGAUCUACCAGGUGGACCAUAAAGCUAAAGAGAUCAUUCCUAAAGCUGACCUUCCCAGUCCCAGGAAGGAGUUCAGCGCGUGUGCUAUCGGCUGUAAGGUGUACGUGACCGGAGGUCGAGGGUCCGAGAACGGCGUUUCUAAAGACGUCUGGAUCUACGACACGGUCCACGAGGAGUGGUCCAAAGGAGCGCCCAUGCUGAUAGCCCGGUUCGGCCACGGCUCCGCUGAGCUGGAGAACAGUCUCUAUGUUGUCGGAGGUCACACGGCCAUCGCUGGAGUGUUUCCUGCCUCUCCAUCGGUCUCUCUGAAGCAGGUGGAGCGCUACGACCCUCUGAGUAAUAAAUGGACCAUGAUGGCUCCUCUCAGAGAUGGAGUCAGCAACGCAGCCGUGGUCAGCGCCAAGCUCAAGCUGUUUGUGUUCGGAGGGUCCACAAUCCACAGAGACAAGGCCUCGAAGGUGCAGUGUUACGACCCCGUGGGGAACCGCUGGAACAUAGCGGCUGAAUGUCCUCAGCCAUGGCGGUACACGGCGGCGGCUGUCUUAGGGAGCCAGAUCUUCAUCAUGGGGGGCGACACCGAGUUCACCGCCGCCUCCGCUUACCGCUUUGACUGUGAGACCAAUCAGUGGACUCGAGUGGGCGACAUGACCUCCAAACGGAUGAGCUGCCACGCCGUGGCGUCGGGGAAUAAGCUGUACGUGGUGGGCGGGUACUUUGGGACGCAGCGGUGUAAAACUUUAGACUGUUAUGACCCGACGUCAGACAGCUGGAACUCCAUCACCACCGUGCCUUACUCUCUGAUCCCCACUGCCUUUGUCAGCACCUGGAAACACCUGCCGGCCUGAGGGGGAGGAGCCAAACACCAGGUGUGGAGGAGGAUCUCUGAGAGUCCAGCAGGACCAACAGGAGACUCUGGAUCAGUCCUGAACUACAGCUUCAUAAUGUGACCACACCCACUCUGAGGCCAUGUUUCAUUAAUGUCUUAUUAAUCCUGAAAAUAACCAGACGUGUCAGGAUCAGUCUGCAGAGGGCGCUAAAUGACUUGUUCUUGCAAAGGUCGCCGAUAUGAAACCGAGAAUGUCACCAGACGGCUUCAAACCUCUUACAUAGACUCUCUUCUCCCAGACCUGGAGAGCAGCCCCCACCCCACCCCACCCCUUCAGAGAGUGGCGUGCAGACGGUCCAUGGUCGUGCAGCGAUGUGACUUAAACUGUACCUUAACUUGACUUUUUCUUUCUUAGUGACUGAACUGGAUCCAGCAGAGGUCUACAUGUCUCUUUUGAUACCACACAUUUGAAACAAUGCGACCUCUUGUUAUUUUAAAGAUGGACGGCAUCAAAAAGAACUGAAACUUCAAAAAACAGCUGCUUCUGUUUCAUCAGCCAGGACAGGUGUGAGGAGAAGAACCCACCAAAACAUCUCAGACAAACUCCUGCACACCUGUCUGAAGCGCAGUGUGCAAGAGAUUCUCUGCAACAAAUGACCCAGCAGACGAAGGGUUAAUGGACUUCUCUUCUGGCUGCCUCGGUGACAAACACCUUUUAAUGUUAUUAGAUUUGUACUUGAAUCAUAUGGAGGCAUCAUGACGUCACCAGUCUCAUGUUGAGACUCUGUGUGUGUGUUUGUGGUACAAACAACACAACUCACUUCUUCUUUUUGCCUUUUUGCAGUGAAAGUGUAAAGAGACCUCUGGUAAGCUUUAAGCUAAAGUCCUCUUAACCCUCAGGCAUCAGUUUGAUUUACGACCCUCUGAAGUCACUAAGGAUAAAAAAUGUCCACUUACAAAAAACUGAUAAAAAAUAGAACAGAUUGAUAUUUUUUUUCUACUUUUUUCUGCAUAAAUCUCUUAAACAACUCCAGCCCUGCUCAAAACUAUCAAAUAUUGAAUAAUUAUCAGGAAUUUAACCCUUUAAAUGCCAGUUUGAUUA